AUGGUCAUUACUAAUGUACCGAAAGCACCUUCUACAAAAGAUAUUCUGCAACCUAUCGACUUACGGAGCGAGGAUGCUAGUUUACACAAUGCUAUCGCAUCUGAAGAAACAAUUAUUCCUGAAAUAGAACAUAACCCAACAAAAUCUGAAGAAUCGGAGAUUCGAUGCUCUGCAUCACCCUCUGCAACCUCUUUAUCGCAAGAUAAUACAUCUAAACAAAUCCAGGAGGUACCUUCGAUUUCCCAGAAUACUGCAUCUACUUCCCAUGAGCGGAAAAACGAACAGGGCUUAAUUCGAGAAAUGAUUUCAUCCAAGGAAGAAAAGCACGUGACUGAAAUUUCAGCGAACUAUUUUGAUGAAAAUUUGUACCAGAAAGCUUGUGAUGCGGAAAAGCAAGCGAUUAAAGUUAAUCAAGAUGAAAUUACAGAAGGGCAGAUCUAUGAUUUUAUUGUUGCACAACUAAAUGCCAAGCGUAAAACUUUACAAAAACAAACUCAGAAAGCUAGAAAGACAUAUAGUGCAAACACAAUUUCGAAUCUGAUGGCACACAAAUCCAAAGUGUUGUGGAUAGCUUCUCAUAGGAGUUUUGGCGAUCGUGAAUAG